AUGACUGCGCUUCUGACCAGAAUGAAGAUGGUGUCCCGCCUACUGCUGCUGACCGCUGCCCUUGCGGAGCUGGUGGCUGCGGUGGCUGCCAGGCAUCGCUCGGAGGCCCCAGCUUCAAAGGCCGUGGAACUCCUUGAGAAGCUGUGGAGGCAAGGUCGAGCAGAACUCAACGACGAAGUGGUCCGGUACGAAAGGCUGAAGCAGUGGUGCACUGACACGGCCGCCUCGAAGAAGAGCGAGAUUGAGGAUGGUGAGGAGAAGGAGGAGCGCACCAGCGCGGUGGUGGAGCGCACGGAAGCCGCUGUUGCAGCGGUGCAGGAGGACAUCGAAGAGCUCGUUGCAAAAGCCAGCAAGCUUGAUGAAAAGAGGUCUCAUACCGAGAAGCGCCGUCAAGACGAGUCCUCCACCUACAUCACUUCAGACCAGGAGCUGCAAAAAUCGAUCCGCGCGGUGCAGCGCGCGAGCUUCCUGCUGCGAGACAAGACCGACCCAGAGUCCAAGGCCGCUGCUGCCUCUGAGCUGCAGACAGCGCCGCGCGACACAGCGCUGGCUGCGCUGCAGGUCGAGGACCCCGGCUUUGCUGCCUCGAGCAUUCUGGAGAUGCUGACGAAGCUCUCGGAGCGCUUCCACGGCGAGCUCGAGGACCUCCGCAAAGCCGAGACGCACGCUAAACAGGAGCAUGAGCUCUUGCUGAACCAGCUCGAAAUGGAGCAUGAGGGUAUGGAAGCCGCGCUUCGCACGAAGCGUUCUGCUCUAGGCGACGCGCAGAGAGCGCAGAAGGAGGCAGGCGAAGAUCUUGAAGAUGUGCGGAAGGACCUGCAGCAAGACAAGAAGUACGUAGAGGACUUGCAGGUGAUGUGUAGCCUGAAGGCCGACUCCUUCAAGAAGCGCCGCAGUAGCCGCCAGGCUGAAUUGGAGGCUUUGAAAGCAGCCGUUGGAUUGAUCAGGGACAAGGCGGUUGCCUGA